AUUUGUUUGUUGACACGUGCGGUACAAGGUAAAGUUUUUCUAUUCUUUUGAACCAUGCUAUUGCAUGUUUUUCAUGUUUAAACAGAUUUUGCUCGUUUCCCUGUUCAAAUUUUGUAAACUGUACAAAAAACUUGAUUUGUCAACAAAGCUCGUGCGUAUGUUUUGAUCAUUUGGUGAGUAUUCAAGUAUGCAAACGAGCAAGAAUUGUGUACCAUUAAUAAAUGCUAUUUCAUGCUUGCAGCUAAACAUGUCUACAGAGAUGGAAAGCACAGAACUGCAGCAUCAGAACAGCUUACCAUGUCCAGAGUGCGAGGAUCAACUAAUCCUUCAACAGGAUUCCACCGAUGGUAAAGACAUAGAUCAUCAAGUUUUUAAUUGCAACUCCUGUGGCAUGCGCUUGGAAAUACAAGUGGAAGAUGAUUUACCAAAAAAUGGUGCUGAAAAACGCUUUCAGUGCGAUAUCUGCAAUCGAUUCUACGCGACUCCCAUAACGUUGAAAGUGCACCGAUUGCUGCACACAACAGGCAAAACAGAACUGUGCGAUUUUUGUGGGGCCAGUUUUCAAACCCGCGGUCAAUUGAAAAUACAUAGGCGCGUUCAUACGGGUGAAAAACCGUACAAAUGUAAUCAAUGUGAUAAAUCUUUCCCUUAUAGAGAGAGUCUUAUAACGCACUCUACGGUACACACGCGCAUCAAACCCUUCCUGUGCGUUGUGUGCAAUUCGCGAUUUUCUUGCAUUGGGAAUCUUCUGAAGCAUCGACGAUUGCGUCCAGAAAAGUGUGGUUUGGACAGCAUUCCUAUCAGACAUAUCGGGCCUCGUCCGAAUAAGAAGACAAUGCCGAGUUUAUCUGAUCGACAAGAUAAAGAAAUGGAAACCAAAUUGCUUCAGGAAGUACCACAACCAAAUCAAACGACUUGCGCGACGGAUGAAUUUGUAUCAAAUAAGACCAUAGAUGAGUGCCAGAUUGAAGCGAACACAGAUUCCACCUCAUUCAAACUACCCACCGAUACUGAUACAAGUGCCGAACAAGGAUUUGUUAAAGGCGAAGAGUUUCUAGAGGAUAAUGAAGCCAUCGAUCAUGAUCGUUUGUUUCUUGAUGCAGAAGAACCGAAUCACUCGAUUAUCGAAAAUGGUGCUAAAUUCAUUGAAACUACAAAUGAAGCAAAUAUCGCAAGUGAUACGGAAUAUUCGUCACCUUCUGCAACAUCUGCUUGCCAAAAUAAUCAACGAUGUAGUAGUACUACACCGGAAAGAGAAAAUUCUGUUGAUAAAAUUUCCGACAAUAAUGAAAAGGAAUUAUGGGAAUAUGUCAACAUUGAACCUGAUGAGUCAAGCGAUUCAUCCACGACGGCAAAAACACCCAAAAACGGCAACAAAAGGCAAAAUAAGAAACAAACAUUCGAUUCUCUUGAACUGUUCUUAGAUGAACCGGAUGAAGAGUCGAUUCAGGAGGAACAGGAACAAUUGAAGCUAUUGCACGAUCUAUCGGAACCAGUGGAUUCGCUCUUCCGUUGCAAGCUUUGUCCACAACAGUAUACUACACUUUAUCUGAUGGCUCGCCAUUUAGAGCGGUUACACAACGUGACGCUGGAUCGAGCCCGGAAUAAGUUGCAGUACGUUCAAAAUACCACAAAACAUGAAAGGCGCUAUCGCUGCAAUUACUGUGAUCAGAAGUACGUUAAUCCAACUUGUUUGAAAAAGCACAUACUUAAACAUGGGCCAGAUGGUCGCUUGAUGUGUAAAUGUUCCUGCUGUGAUGAAUAUUUCAUGACACAGGAAGAAGCGCAUCAACACGCACUGGAUCAGCAUCGUGAUCGAUUGGAGUGUGAAGUCUGCCAGAAGCUGUUCAAAAAACCCGAACAAGUUCUACGCCAUACGCGGUACUCACACAGCACCGAGAGAAAAGCCCGCAACAAGUACAUGUGUUCGCAAUGUUCGAAAAAAUUCCCUUCCAAAAUAGCACUGUCCGAUCACGAACGGGCAGAAUGUGGCAAAUCACCCAUCUAUCCGUGUGACAAAUGUGACAAACGCUUUUCUAGUUUCAGCUCACUGAAGAUGCACCAUACGGUGCACGAAAAUCAACUACCGUUCGUAUGUAGCUUCUGUGGGAAAAAGUUUCGUACCAAGGGUCAGCAAAAGGUGCACGAACGUGGCCAUACGGGUGAGAAACCGUACCAGUGUGACAAAUGUACGCGUGCAUUUUCGUACCGAGAGUCACUGGUAACGCAUCAGAGUUCCCAUACGGGUGUGAAGCGUUACAGAUGUAUGGACUGCGAUGGGACAUUUUCGUGUACUACCAACUUGCAAGCCCAUCGACGGGUUCAUCACAGAGUCGUGAAUGCUGAUACGGAACGAUCAAAAUCGGACCUUAAAACUAGUUGAAGGUACUAACGCAGGUACUUAAAUUAGAACGGAUACUAAUUAAUACGUCUGGGAUCUUCAAAUUGACAUCAGAAGAUACUUUCAAACCGAACGUUGAACUAGAUCAGCAUGCAAAGAAGAUCAUGAUCUUCACCUGCUACAACUGAAAAUGAAUUAUUUUUAGCGGAAAUGAAUAAGCAAAGAGUUCUAUAACAUACAUCUUGUGAAAUAUUUAGAAAGGUUAUAUUUGUUAUAAUUUUUCUAGUUUAAUUUAAUUAAACUAAUUGUAAACCACACAAACCAAAAGAACUGAACAGAUAUUACCCAAAAAGUAAAAUAAAAACAAUCCGAUAACCUAA